AUGCAACUCCUUUCCUGUUAUAGCCCUCCAUUCUCCCAGUCAUCCUUACCGUUUUCUCUCUCUCCAAUUAAGGCUAAGCUUAUUGGGCUGCUGUGACCAUGGAAAGCCAAAACAAGGUCAGCAAUGGUGCCAUGGAUGGUGUGGAGAGUAAAAGAGCAAAGGAAAGAGGAGGAAGGACAACUAGUUUCUUGCUUUUAAGGUUUAUGGCCUUGGUGCUAACUUUGGCUGCUGCAAUAGUUCUUGGGGUCAAUAAGCAGACCAAAGUUGUCCCAAUUCAGGUUGUGGACACCUUGCCACCUUUGAAUGUUCCUGUUGUUGCUAAGUGGCACUAUCUCUCUGCCUGCGUGUUCUUCGUGGUAUCAAAUGCGAUAGCAUGCUCAUAUGCAGCAAUAUCUAUACUCCUUUCUUUGAGUGGGAAGAAAAGCUCGGUGCUUAUUACCAUAAUCCUUGACCUAUUGAUGGUGGCUUUGCUAUUUUCCGGCAUCGGAGCAGCCGGAGCUAUUGGACUUAUGGGAUAUAAAGGGAAUUCACAUGUGAGGUGGAAAAAAGUGUGCAACGUGUAUGGGAGAUUCUGCAACCAAGCUGUGGCUGCUAUUGCCCUAUCUUUUCUUGGUUCAGUAGUUUUCGUGUUGCUGAUUACGCUUGCUGUUCUCCGCCUUCAUAAGAAAUCUAAAUGAAAUGGAACUGAUUUGGAUACUUUUAGUAACGGAGGACGAUUGUAAUGGCUGCCCAUGUAUCUGUAGGCUGUAGCUGCUUUUUUUUUUUUUAAAAAAAAAAAAAAAAAGAAAAA